GUGCUGGUGUACUGAACGCAGAGGAGCGGCGGAGACUAUAUAGAGAGUGGAAGCGUGAGGCGGCGAGUCAGUUGAGUAGUGUGAGGCCGCGAGCAUGGCCGGGUCCUCACAGCGCCAUUACAGCACGGUGGCGGUGGUGGUGGUGGUACUGUUGACGCCGUGGACUGCUACUGCCUUGCCUUCUGCGGAUGGAAUCCUGGAGCACCGACCGACACAAGCAGUGGUGGCGCCUCGGGAGACCUUCGGCAAUGGCUUUCCUCCGGGGUUCGCUGACAACCUCCCGACGAAGGAGUUCACAGGAGACUUCACAAGAAGAGUCAGAAGACAGGCCGGCAUCACCUCAGACAUCGAUAGCAUUCUGAGUGGCCCUUAUGGCGGCGCCCUCGACAACGACCACCUCCAGGCUCUCCUGCUGCGCAAUAUCAACAUCAGGCCAGCUAGGCAGUCCCCGGGGCAUCCCAGGGAAUCUCGUCCUCCCCCUCGUCCUUCUCUCUCUUCCUCCUCCUCCUCUUCCUCCACCAGAUUUUCCUCAUCUCCUCAAGGAUCUUUCCGUCCUCAGCAAGAGUCUCGCUCCCCUGGUCCUCCUUCCCCUGGUCGUCCUCUUCCUCGCCCCUCUCUUUCCUCUUCUGCCUCCAGGUUUUCUUCACCUCCUCCGGGAUCCUUCCGCCCUCAGCAGGAGCCUCGCUCUCCUGAUCCCCCAUCUGCUGAUCGUCCUUCCCCUCCAUCACUCUUCCAGGCCCCUCGAGACCCUCCUCCUCGGUUCUCUCCUCCUCGUUUCACUUCUUCCAAUCCUCCCCUCCAUUCCCAGCCUCAAGAGAGGCAGGAGCCCUUCUCCUCUGAUUCCUUCACGGGACAGCAGUUUGAUUCCUUCUCGGACAUUGACUCCUUCUUCGACUCAGCACGGCUGCCCCGACAACGGCGAGACGUGGCAGCAGCGGCAGCACCGAGGGACGACGCGGGGAGCACCCAACACAUCUUUGUGUCUCCUGAAGAAGACACCGUGCCAGAAAGCAGCAGUGGCUUCAUUGUGGGUAAACCUGCCGACUUCCCAGGGUUUGCAUCCAUUGGUGGGUUUGGGCCAAUGGAAGAUGUGGAUAAGACAGAUGUUGCCGGAAGUUUUAUGCAAACCAUCAACUUUCCAUCAGUAGAAUUUGGGCCCAUUGACGACAGCCAUCCUCCCUUCCCCCAGAAUCCCAGCUUUCCCCAGACUCCCUCCUUCCCUGAGCAAGUGAGUGAGCUGCAUGAUUUCCCUCUGGAUCUCCUGUCCAUCUCUCAAAAGGCAAUAGAAAGAUCUCCUCCGCCAGACAACAAUAACAGUGAAUACAACGACAUCUUUGACAAUUUGUACAGAGAAGACUUUGAACGCUUCAGCAACAAUGACGACUCUGACAAAUUGAGUGAUGACAGUUUUGAUAAUCUAAACAACAACAAGGACAAGGACAGCAUCGACGACAACUUUGAUCAGCAACUAACAGCGAAUCCCCAUACUAACAAACUCACUAGUACCGAAGGAUUCAGGCCUAUAAUACCUCAACAUCCUCCUCCUCCUACUCUUAAUCCUCUAACUUUUUCUCCCUCUCCACCUCUCCCUCAACAUCCUGCUCUUUCUCGUCCUCCUACUCUUACUCCACCAUCUCUUCCUCCUCCUCCCCCUCCUGCGCCUUCACAUGUACUCUUCCCUAACACUGUUCCAAACCCUAAGCUCUCUAGACCCAAUCCUCAACCCUAUCGCAUUCAACGCAUCAGAACAAAGCGCCCUAACAGUGGACUUGCCAGUGGUAUAGUCAGUCGUCUGAGGGACUUUGUGCAGCCCAGCGCAUCCCGGCCACUCAGAACAUUGAGACAGAAGACUCAAGAUGUCGAACUCAACUCAGAUAUGGAGACCAGGAGACGGCGAGGGGUGCCAGAUGAAGAUGAAGAGGAUCCAAUAGAAUCUCAAUUUGCUUCACUAAUACCACACAAGCGAGUGCAUCGGGUUCAGACAGAGAGCCACGCUCCUCACAGCCGAAAGCCACGCGAGGAUACUGACAUGGACACCUCUCCUGCAGAACUCCCUCAUUACUUCAGCUCAGUGUCAAACUUUGAAUUCCCUCGCUUGCAACCCAGGCACAGACAGUCGCCAACCGUCAGUAGGUCAGCACAUGUUACAAGCCAGUUCUCAAGUCAUCAUUCCCCUGUUGAGCUGAGAAGGGAGGACAGACAUCACCCACCUCACACUCAAGAGCCAGACUACUUACAGCCUGACGGACAAAGAUUCUAUCCCUCAUUUAAUGGCCAUAUUUCACCCUCCUCCCGAGCUCCUUUCUUUCCCUCAAGGCCCAUCCCACCCCAUGCCCCAGGGCCAAGAGGUAGUAGGUUCCUCACAAGGGGUGUAGGGUUCAGGGAACGGCCCAACACUACCCCAAGGGAUCCAGUGGGCUUCAGGGAGCUACACCACCAGGGACCACCAGUGAGAGAGACUUCCUCCCACAUCAAGCCUGACGCAGCGUUCUCCGCCAGCCGCCGCCCCUUCCACCGGGAGCAGGAACACUUUGGACAUGACAACUCCAUCCUGGGAUCAGGGAACUUUGAGGUGCUCCGUGGAGGAACCUUCUAUGACCUGGAGGACACCAAUGGCCACCAGCACUAUGACCACCUCCUGCAUGGAGAUGACUUUGGCUUCUUUCCAGCUGUACAACCCCCGUCCCCUCCUCACACUAAUUAUGUGGAUGACUUCUUCUCAAACUUCAGGGACUUCUCAGAAUUUGCAAAGAGAUCUGAUGAGGGAGAGUCAACCUAUGUGGAGGAUGAAUACAACCCUGAAUCCUACAGCCGAGGGUAUGGCUCAGAGCACAUACACCACUUUGCUCCAUCCAAUAUAACACUUGAGGUGGGGAAUGUAACCCUUGCCAACAUCACAGAACCAAAUACUAAGUCUGAGAAUGCAAACUCCUCGCCAGUGACUAAGAAAAAUACCACAACAGUAACAGGACACACCAAGCAGACACACAGACGACCUAACAACAUCCAGGAAGUGCUGGAGGAGGUAGACUCUCACCCCAGCGACUACACUGCCAGCACCACCACUGUUGAGGAGAAGGACCCCAUGAUAGCCAUGUUCUGAGACCUCCAUGUUCACCCUGCCUCCCAUUCAACUGACGAUAAUGAAUUACAUGUGUAAAAGAAGACAAACUGUAAAUACACUGUCUGUUUGCUAGUCUGUGUCCAUAGUUCUUAGAAGUAAAUGUGUGUGGGUGACUCGUUUCGUCAAAAUCUUAGGUCUGUCACAAAAAUGCAAUGUGGUUAUUUCAGUACAUUAUUUAGCACAGCAUUAGGUAAAUAAAUUAUGUCUCUAUGUUGGUGCAAAAUAAUGUGUGGUUGCCUAACAAAGUGGAGUGUUAAGUGUGGGUUAAAUCACUGCUGCACCACAAUGUUACCUGCACCAUAAUGCUGUGUCAUGUGCUGCACCAAAACACUAUGUUGUUAUUCUGUGUGUGAGAAUUCUGUGUUCCAUUAUCUCUUUCUCUCUCUCUCUCUCUCUCUCUCUCUGUGCUGGAGCUGGCCUCUCAGUGCACUAUUUACCACUAUCUUUAGGUCAUAGGUCAUAUUUUUAUACAAAAUACACACCCUAGAGUAGUAUGAGAAUACUGCAAACUAGAUAGUUAUUAUAGGGAAGCUUUGUUAAUGCCAUUCAUUAUUACUAUUAUCACAUAUCAUUGUUAUCUUCCUUAUCAUCAUUAUUGUUGCUUUUACUAUUAUUAUUAUUAUUAUUAUUAUUAUCAUUAUUAUUAUUAUUAUUAUCAUAGGAAGAAAGAAAUAUAUUUUCUACCAUCUGUGAAGCUAACUGUGUGCUGAAAACACUUUCACAAUUAGAAAUUUGACAUGAUUUCACUACAAAGAACACAUUUGAAAACAUUAUUAUUUUUCCACGAUGGUUGUCUGAAAAAUGAUUGAUGUAUUCUAAUGUUCUAAAAAAAACUUAUCCUCUCCAACAGAAUAACACAACUGAAAAUGUAACACUAAUGAAAGCUGCCUAUAAGAAAGUACCAAAGGAAUACAAGCAAUUGAAUGCCAAAAUUACUAACAUUCAUCAUAAUUCUUUGCACUGUUCACACCUGUGCACACUAGUUAAUUACCUCACCAAGGGUUGUGUUUACCUGAGUGACGCAAGUACUGCUAGUUCUCGGAUUGUUCUCAUGUGUAUAUACGCAUUACGCCAAUAAAGACUCAUAUGCACACAA